AAUAUUUUCAUUCAAAAACAUUUUUGUUUCGAACUAACUGUAUAUUAUGUAGAUGAAUCACUUUGCGGUCUCUCAAGAAGAUAAUUAAGUAUUUUUCAGUUACCCGUUUAGUAUUAUUAGUGAUAUUAAUCGCCCCUUUAGUGCUGAUGUUGCGAAAUAUAUUCCUCUUCUGCCUGACUUUGCUGGCCGAUUCCGAUUCGGCCAGUACGACGGCUGCUUGGAACGGUAAAUGGUUUCCCAAUUUUCCCGAUGCCGAAGACACCAAUCAAAUCGUUGUCAAGAAACAUCACGACUUGGGAGACACGAAACACGGCGUUAAAAUGGGCAUUAGCGAUUCGAUCUGCGACGAUGCUAGAAGUAAUUUAACUGUCGAUUGGUUCCUGGCUCCGGAUAAUUAUACCUGUUUAGACAAUCGGAAACUUUAUCUGCCGAAUAGUUAUGUUCAUCCUUUGCAUACCAUCGAACGAAUACCACUUUAUUACAAUGCACCGCAUGCUUGUAUGAACGAGUCCAUCGAAUACAGUCAAAUUAUACCAACGUUCGGCAAACACCGGCCUUUGUGGCCUGUAUACGGCGAAUACAAAUUCGUCCCGAAGCAAAGGUGGCUGCACAGCUUAGAGCACGGGGCCGUUGUGGUGCUGUACCAUCCUUGCGCCGAAAAGAACGAAGUCAAUUUGCUUAAGAGCAUCGUGAGAAACUGUUUAUACAAGCACGUCAUCACCCCGUACAAUUUGUUGGAUCGCAAAAGGCCUUUAGCGUUAGUAACUUGGGGACAUCGAUUGGAAAUGUCCCGAGUGGCCGGAGACUUGGUAGUGAAAUUCAUAAAAGAGCACGCGCUAAAAGGGCCCGAAUCAACGACGAAGAACGGGCAAUACGAUCUGCUGUUAGUGAAAGAGGCCGGCAUCGUUUCGGACCUUUCGGAUUCCGGUUUGUGCCCAAAUACCAACGAUAUUAACAUUACAAUGUAGCAAUCUAUUUAAUAUUUUUAAUAAACAGAGUCUUCUAAGGUAACAUUCUUAAAGAGAUAAGACAUCGACUCCUUAUUGUGAAUUCUUCUGAUGGCUUCUGAGAGUAAAAUUGAAAUAUCGACGGUUUUUAUCUUGUGACACUGCAUUUUUUGAAGCU